AUGGAAGACUCGGAAGUUGUGGGCUCUUGUACGACCAUGUGUCCCAGGCUAGAAGAAUUGACGAGGCAGAAGUACAAUAGAGUCCACAGACUAGAACAAGCUUCAAAAGGUGACCAAAAUCCCAUAAUGGUGAAAGAGUUCAGCCGAGCUGCAGCUGGUAAGAAAAUUAGCAUAAAUGAUCUCCGACCAUCAGACGUCCUCCUCAGAACGACUUUCUACCUGGUCAAUCGAAUUAUGACGUCACCUUCGGAAUCAUUCCACGUCAUCUACAACUUCAUCUUCGAUCGCUUGAGAGCAAUUCGACAGGACAUAUGUCUGCAGAGGCUGAAGGAUGGUAAUGUGGUUACCAUUUAUGAAGUCAUUGUCAGAUUUCUGAUAUAUUCUGGGUACAGGUUGUGUGAUGAAGAUGAUUCGCAGUUCGAUCCAACAAUAAACAGAUCACAUCUGCAAGAAUGCCUCAAACAUCUUCUACUUUUGUAUGAAGAUACUGUAGCGGCUACUGCCGCCGCCACAACUUCUACUACCACUGUUACUACCACUGCCACUACUACUGCAGCCACUAAUCCUACUACAGAUAACACUAGAAUGGAUGAUAUUAUUGAUGGUUUUAAUGAUAUUAACAUUGACAACAACUGUAGCAGCAAUGACGUUGAUGAUAUUAAAUGUUACUCAGUAACAUCAAAUGGUGACGAUGCUGACAACAUUCACCAUGAUAAUCUGCCACCAUCCAUGGAGAAACAUAUCCAACACAGUCUGCCAUCUUGUGACGAACUGCCCCAUGAGAAACAUCGUGACACAGAGUUCAUAAAGUACUACAUGCUACUGAACCUGGGCAACGCUGAUGCUCUCCAGUCUGAUGCCUCAUUCAUGGGAAUAUUUGAAUUGAGCAAAUCCUGGUUCUCUAUGAAAAACUACCAGCGGAUUAUGACGAUGUUAAGAAGGAGUGCGAAGAGCAAAUCUUCAUCAUCCCUAUCAUCGUCAUCAUCAUCAUCUUUAAAUCAUCUGACGCCAUUGGAGGCUUGUUUGUUACAUGCUCAUAUGGAUGCAGUCCGAAUAAACUGCCUUGAAAUAAUGUGCCGAGCUUACAACAGCAAGGUCAGCACAUGUUCGUUGGCCGACCUCUGCGAGUUCUUGUGUUAUGAUUUGGAGAUGGAAUCAUCACUUCUGAAAGAUUUAUUGGACAGCUGCCAAAUCGAUGUCUCCCACGAUGGUGGCGUAGUUCUCAACAAGGCCAAAUUCAAGAUGCCCGUCAAAAUACUACCUACGCCUGCAACUACCUACGCCUGCAGCUACCUACGCCUGCAACUACCUACGCCUGCAACUACCUACGCCUGCAACUACCUACGCCUGCAACUACCUACGCCUGCAACUACCUACGCCUGCAACUACCUACCUACUCUUGCACAGGCCUCUCCUCUCUCAUCAUGGUGUCCACUUUUUGUUGCUUAA